UGAUGAUAACAUUUAUCAAGUUGAGUUAUAACUCAACACGUUUAUUUUUAGAUUUGUUGUGAUGUUGUGCAAAGUGAAUUUAUUGAUUAGCACCUUGCAUAACAACACAAAAGAUUUUACGUUGGAAUUAUACUUGUAUUUCGAAGCGAAUCACAUGACGUUAGUUAACAAACAUGCGAAUUCUAAAUAUUUAUGUUGAUUGUGUUUGUGUACAUUGCUUUAUUUUUUUUUUGCUCGCUUGAGGCUUAUCAGGUUUCCUCGCCAGAUUAAUUGAAUGUAGACUCAGUUGCGCUUUGCAGUCUCGAGCGUUUCGAACAAUGGCAGAGCAGAUACCUAGUUUGGAGAGUUUAAUCGCUGCCGCCAAGAGCGGAUUUCGCGAGGAGUUCGAUGGAGAAGAUCCAUCGGCUGUGGUCUUUGCUCCAGGUAGGGUGAAUCUGAUAGGAGAACACACGGAUUACAACGAUGGAUUUGUUUUACCAAUGGCUCUGCCUUUGGUGACUGUUAUGGUCGGGAGCAGGACGGAAGGGGACGAGUCGAUUGUGGUCACGAGGAAUGAAGAUAUCAAGGGAGCGAGGAGGGUCAAGAUCCAGAAGAAGGAGUUGUUCACGGUCGACAGGAGGUGCGAACCAAAGUGGGCCAAUUAUGUCAAGGGUGUUUUGGCGAAUUACAUCGGUGAAACACCCACCUUCAAGGCGGUGAUCGUGUCCAGUGUUCCGAUCGGUGGAGGACUCUCGAGCAGUGCGGCCCUGGAGGUCGUCACAUACCAAUUCCUGGACGCGCUGAACGGCGACAAAUCUCGCUCCGUUAUGCCAACUGAUAAGGCCCUGGCGUGCCAGAAGGCGGAACACGAUUACGCGGGGAUGCCGUGCGGUAUCAUGGAUCAAUUCAUUUCCUUCCUGGGCAAAAAGGAUUGCGCUCUGCUGAUAGAUUGCAGAAUGAUGACGAGCAAACUAAUUCCGUUUGCCGAUGAUAAUGUUGUGGUGCUGGUGACGAAUUCCAAUGUUAAACAUGAGCUCACCGGAAGCGAGUACAGUACCAGGAGGAAGCAAUGCGAAAAGGCGGCGCUUCAGCUGAAGAAGCUCAGCUUGAGGGACGUCGCCGUUGAAGAUGUCAAACGAUUGGAGGAUGUGGCUGAAGAGGAUAUCGUGAAGAGGGCCAGACAUGUGGUCACUGAGAUCGCAAGGACCAAGGAUGCAGCGGACGCUCUGAAAGUCAAGGAUUUCGUUAGAUUCGGCGAACUCAUGACUCAGAGUCACAAAUCUUUGAAGGAUGACUUCGAAGUAUCGUGCAAGGAAUUGGACGAACUCGUGGACAUUGCUCUUAGCGUGAAAGGUGUCUUGGGGAGCCGCAUGACUGGAGGAGGUUUUGGCGGCUGCACAGUUACUUUGGUUUACAGAAAUAGCGUCGACUUAUUAAUAGCCACCAUUAAGACUGAAUACUCUGGAAUCCCCACAUUUUACGUAUGCUCGCCAAGCGACGGUGCUCAAAUUAUACAUUAAUAUCAAAUAAUUUAUUUCCUAUUGAUAACUCAUAAAUGCUUAAUUAGCUUCUAAAAAUGUCAAAUAAUUAUAUAUUUUGCAAAUAUCCUCUUUUUGUUGCUUUU